UUUGUUGCCACGCUUAAACCUUUCCUUAUACCAUCCUCCGCCUCGCUCUCGCUCUAAUUCUUCUGCAACGAAUCUAUUAUUCUCCAUCAACAAAUUCAUCAAAACUUCUAAUAGCAGAAAUGGCGGCAGCUUUAGCCUCUAGACUCUCACGUGGAGGACGUUCAUUGCUUGGAGGUCUUAAGAAUGGAUUGAUGAAUUCUUCAAACGGAAUGAUGAAUGAAAGUAUCCUCUCUCAGCAACAGCAGCGAAGGACAUUCAUUCAAAUGGGGACAGUACUCAAAGUGGUGGACAAUUCAGGUGCGAAGAAAGUGAAGUGUAUUCAAGCACUAAAGAGCAAAAAAGGAGCUAGACUUGGAGACACCAUAGUUGCUUCAGUGAAAGAAGCGAUGCCAAACGGUAAAGUGAAGAAAGGAGCGGUUGUGUACGGUGUGGUUGUUCGAGCUGCGAUGCAGAGAGGUCGUGUCGAUGGAAGCGAGGUUAGGUUUGAUGAUAAUGCGGUUGUUCUUGUUGAUAAUAAAGACAAGGGUAUCAAAACCGAUCGCCAACCGAUUGGUACUCGUGUGUUUGGUCCUGUUCCUCACGAGCUUCGCAAGAAGAAACAUCUCAAGAUUCUUGCUUUGGCUCAACACAUUGCUUGAGAUAACAGCAAGAAACAGCAAAAACGCUAAACCACGUUAUGUGUCUUUAUGUUGUUCUUCUUCUUUAAACACUGAUCCAUAACUUUUUUUUAUGUUCUUCUUCUUUAAACUCUCAUCCAAAGUUCUUUUUACUUUCCCAUUUUGGUACUUUUUUUAUUUAUUGUUACCAUGCUCAAAAAGUUUUGGAUUAUUCACUAGGGACUAUUAUAAAUGAUGCCUCUUAUGUU